AUGGCUGACCAAACGCUCAAGCAUCUGAACUAUGGACAUCCUGGUGCACCAACCUACGACCUUGAGAACAGGGAGUGGAGCUUUACCAGACCGUACACAAAGCGACAACUGAACCAAGUGCCCUCUUGGAACAUUGCAUACGCUCUUCCGACACAGGCAAUACCUGCAUCUGCACAGCUCCCCACUUCGCACACCUCUGCGAACAGUACAAGCGUCCAGAAAGACGUCAAAGGUCUCGUGCGCGACUGCCCUCAGCUAGCACCGGCUUCGCAACAACUCCCCGCGCUAGCCCGUGUAUCCGCCGCCAUACAAACCACGACGUCGACGUACGACCCCCUCAUCGGUAGCCUCUUGUCUUUUGGUUCGAUUACCCUUGGGGAUAAACAUGAAGACCCAAGACGAGUUGCUGCGUUACCUACUGGAGAAGCUGGUAACAUACUGCGGCUGGCAAUCUUGACUAGGGAAAGGUGUGGCUGGGGUACGGACCGAAGCGUGUGGAUUGAAGGUCCCUCAUUCAAGGAUGCCGAGAGUGGGUAUUGGAACGAAGAAGCAGCCCCUAUACAGCAAGUCUGUUUUGCACAGUCUGAGGAUAGAAGUUCUCUCCUCGCUGUACGACUUCCUACAAGGACUACCCUCUUCCGCCCGGUCUACCAUCGACACCGUCGAGCGGCGACUCCGUCGCCGUAUUACCACCUCCCCACUUCCAUCAUCAAUGCGCACCCGAUACUGAGCAUAGGAGUGCACCAGACUGGGGGGGCUCCUCACGCAGACGUUACCUUUAAUCCAGAGUUCCAACUCCAAUUCGGCGUCGUUGACCAGAACCACACUUGGAGUGUCUGGGACAUUGAACAUGGGCGCAAGGGCGACACAUAUACCAUGUCAUGCUUGAUCCAAGGACACAUCGAUCCUUUGGAAGAUGCAAAUACGGCUGGCGAGGACGGCUGGGCGAGAAUACUCUGGGUAGGCGACAUCAACACGCUUCUAGUUUGCAACAGGAGACAGCUCAGCAUCAUUGGUAUAAAAGGAAGCUCAUUCACAUACCUCCCGUGUCCGGCGCUUUUCACUAAACGAUCUACCGAGUGGAUUUUAAACGUCAAACCGCACCCACGUUACAGAGGUCGCUUCUUCGUCUUGACGUCAACCCGUCUUAUCGUCAUGGCAGUCACUACUUUGAGCGAGGCUCUGGACGCAACCGCAGGCAAAGCCGGGGUGGCUAUUCUAAUGGCAUGGAGACACUACCGGGGUACAGAAGACUUCACUCUUGACUUCAGCGUGCAAAUGCUCGCCCAUGAUGGGGCGUGUGUGUUAUUACAUUCUCGUCUGAAUCAUCUCAUCCAAAUGUUUACCUUCGCAGAGCACACAUCAGGUUCCUCUGCGCUCAUCUCGACUUCUGAUCCUAGCAUGCUGGACUUUCCGAUCGGUGAACCCGAGCAUACAACUCAGGUACACAUAGAGUCUAUGCAGUACGGUGGCAUGGAACAAGACGCAUACCCAUCUAACCAGGGUCGCUCAUAUAUGGAGAGGGGUAUACAGUUCUAUCAACUGUUCUCAAUCCAGGCAGACCUGAGCGUCCGCGAGACCGUCGUAUACAGUCAGGAGCUUGGAGCAGCUACGUCGGUUCCCGCUCCAGUCGUUGACGAGUUCGAACGUUGCUUGAUUAGGCACCCUCGGCGGCGAGAUGGUUCUAGAAAAGAAUUAAUCAACGAGGACGAAGACUUCAUUGUUCCGAAUAGUCUGAACGCAGUCGAAGGCCCCAUGUCUAGAACUGUGUCACAGGAGCCAAAGAGGGUUCAGAAUCGAGACCACCGUCCGUUCUUGCAACGUGUGGUGGACUAUAGGCUCCUAUAUAGUGUUCUGAUCCGAUCGGACACUGGUGAUCAAGGAGCGUCCGAAUCAGUAGAUAUCGCGGUCGUGACAAAUCAGCUGCGACAGAUGCUUAUUGAUGAGUCUGGUUCGUUCCUAUUGCCACUUGGCACUCUCAUGGACUUUGCAGGCAUGAAGAUCGACGUUUUAGAUGUUGACAAGGCUUCGGAAAGUCUACAGAGACUAUUCUCUUCAGGAGGUCACGGAGACAUCGCCGGAGUCCAACGCAUUGCAUCAGAGCGUAUACUUUACCUGCUCGAGUACGAGGAGCCUACUGUUGCAGAUAUAUACGAUACUAUCCUCCAAAAUUGGGUUGCACCUCUGCCACCGGACGUGCCUCUUCGCGUUCGGCAACACAAAGAACGUCUCAGUCGGCGCAUUGCUGCAGAGAUUAUGCUGGCUAGCACUCGCAUACGGCAGCUGGAGAUUCAAGAGCUGCCUACUGGAUCACAGCGUGGUCCAAGUCAAGAUGGCUCAGUGUCCCUGCCUGUCUUGCCAUCCAAGCCUGUGGACGGACAACAAACGAGUACACCUCAGUGGCUAUCUUCGCAAUCACUACCGACGCCGCCACACUCCUCUAUUCCAUCUUCAUCCCAACCUGCUUCAUCCCCCCCGCCGUCGCCGUUCCCUCCCUCCAUUUCCUCCGAUCCUCUCGCUCGGCUAAGCAAGCAUCUACAAACCAAAGAGUUGUUGCUGACCCCUACAAUCAUUCCACCAAAUGUUACUCAACUCCUCGCCCACUGGCAGUCCGGUACCGACCCGAGCAUCUACGACUGGGAGGCUACCGAACUCGCCCUUCGACCCGAGGAGCUCGACCCAACUAGCCAAGAACAGCGCGACAAAGCACGCAAGAAGAAAGAACGCAGAGAGAGAAAACAACUGCGCGAAGACGAAUUGAUGAGAGCGAAGGCAGCCAGUCAGCCAAUGGUGUUCCCAAGAAGCUCUCCUGGCCCAAUGUUCGCAAGCAGUAGUCAGGUACCAGCCCAGAGAUACAAUCAAGUGCCACUACCAAGGAGUGAAUUCAAAGGACCGGGAGGGCUGGACAUUUUAGCUCCGAUGAGUCAAGUCGAGCCUGGGAGGUUUGGUGGAAGGCCGGAGAAGAAGAAAAAGAAGAAGGGAAGGGCUAUUUGGUCAUAUUCUGAAGCGGUUCGGAUGAAUAAACAAUUGGUGUGGGGUGCCUAUCAAAUCACAGUAGUCAAGAUGUCGGGAUUCCCUUCUCUCCUGCCCGCUUUCACAGUCCGUGUCGCCAUUGAUACGCCUAUGCAAGUCGGCGGGCAAGCGGGAUCACAGCUUGUCAUCGUCCCAAUGGUCUCUGGAACCGUGAAAAGCGAGCCUGGGUUUGAGCCGAAGUUGGAUGGCGAGUUGCAUGGUGUUGGGUACGACUAUAUCCACAAUGACGCGGGAGGUGAAAACAUGAGAUUGGACGUUCGGAGCCAGGUCAAAAACUCAGAUGGAACCAUACUCGCUAUGUACUACAAAGGCACUGUUGCCGUGACUAGUGGUGUCCAAGCCAUUUUGUCUGGAUCUCCGGACGCCAAGACUACAGAUUAUGGGGACUCCUUUGUCACCUUCACUUUUGAGACGGGCCACUCCGCGUACAAAGAGCUGCAGAAUGGGACAUACGUGGCUGCGGGCCACUUUGUGAACGAGCCUGGUGAACCAGGAGUAGUUGUCGAAUAUAAGGUUAGCAAGGUUGUUUAUCAGGGAUAG